GCGUUCUUACACGGGGGUUCACACUUGAUCCAAGUUAGGCGCUGUGAGCUCAGCUGCUGCUAGCUAGCCUCAGGCCCAUCAUGUAGCUCAGCGCCGCCGAGCCCAUUUCCCCCCCAUGUUUGUUUUUUGCAGAGUUACAGAAAUUCACCUUUUCCUUUAAGAGCCGCAGCUCGUGCAUUCAGCCUCGCGCUCGCGGGACCGACACGAGCCGACUUCAGGCCGACAGCGCACGAGUGCAUGAAGAUCACGGUUUAUAUUUCUGCACCUUUUGUUGCAAAAAAAAAAAAGUGCGAGCGAGAGAGAGAGAGAGAGUCCUCCAGACCGCCGAAGAAGAAGCACGAGAGAGAGGGGGGAGAGAGAGAGAAGGAGAGCGCGCGCGCGAGCGAGCGAGAGAGAGAGAGAUGGAGGGAGGGAGCGAGAACGAACGCAGAGUCUUUUGUGCUUCCCCUCCCCCCCACCGGAGCAAAGGGGAAAUGUCCGUGUCCAAAGGAGGAGGUAGGAAGAAGCCGCCUGUGCCCAGGCUCCCUAAGGAGGCGUUUGAGCAGCAACCUGCAGCUGCUACACCCCCGAGAGACCUGGACUCAAAAGCCUGCGUUACCAUCGGAGAGAAGAAUUUCGAGGUGAAGGCAGAUGAUCUGGAGCCGAUCGGAGAGCUGGGAAGGGGGGCAUAUGGAGUGGUGGACAAGAUGAGGCACGUGCCCAGUGGCAUAAUCAUGGCUGUAAAGAGAAUCCGGGCGACGGUGAACAGCCAGGAGCAGAAGCGGCUGCUGAUGGAUCUGGAUAUUUCAAUGAGGACAGUGGACUGCUUUUUCACAGUGACUUUCUAUGGAGCGCUGUUCAGAGAGGGUGACGUGUGGAUCUGUAUGGAGCUAAUGGACACCUCACUGGAUAAGUUUUAUAAGCAGGUCCAUGAGAAGGGUAUGACCAUCCCAGAGGACAUCCUUGGCAAGACAGCCGUCUCGAUUGUGAAGGCUCUGGAACACCUGCACAGCAAACUGUCAGUGAUCCACCGAGACGUGAAACCUUCCAACGUGCUGAUAAACAUGCAGGGUCAGGUGAAGAUGUGUGACUUUGGGAUCAGCGGCUACCUGGUCGACUCGGUGGCCAAAACCAUGGACGCUGGAUGCAAACCCUACAUGGCGCCGGAGCGGAUAAACCCAGAGACCAAUCAGAAGGGCUACAACGUCAAGUCUGAUAUCUGGAGUUUAGGAAUCACCAUGAUCGAGCUGGCUAUCCUGCGUUUCCCAUACGACUCCUGGGGGACGCCGUUCCAGCAGCUGAAACAGGUGGUGGAGGAGCCGUCCCCUCAGCUCCCCGCUGACCGCUUCUCCCCCGAGUUCGUGGACUUCACGACACAGUGCUUAAAGAAGAAUUCCAAAGAGCGGCCAAACUACACAGAACUCAUGCAACACCCCUUUUUCACCUACCACGACUCCAAAGAGACGGACGUGGCCAGCUUCGUCAAGGUCAUCCUGGGCGACUGAGUGCCUCUUUUCUCAGUGAAGGCGGGGCAAAGCGGGACUAAUUCUACAGAAAAAAAUAAAGAAGAAAAAAAAACCUAAAUCCAACCACCCAAUUGCAAGACUGACACCUGUAAGCCACGCCCACCUCAGGCAGCAGUGCAGGGGGCUCAUAAGAGAGAGGCUAAGGGAGGGGGCGGAGACUGAAUCUAAGGGGGCGGGAGAUUUCCUAGGAACACAGAUGAUGGGCAGGGAACAGGGUUCUGUGUGUGUGUGUGCGUGCGUGUGUGCGCUCGUUUAAUUAGCACGUGUUAAUUAAAGGAGGGUGUUAAAAAGUCUCGAUCUAAUUAUUUUUCUCCCAUACAAAACCAUUUAAGAUGCCAGUUUACUUUACAGCAUUAUAACAUGAACACACGAAUAAAGAGGCGCGAUUAUUGAGAGAUUUAUAUGUUCUAUAAAUGUGUGCUAUUAAAAGGUGCGAUAAAUAUAUUGUGGGAUUCAAAUCACGGUUGUUUGUGACGCAAAAAUUGCUUCGUGCUUCGGAAAAGUCCAGCCUUUUAAGAGCUGAUCUCAGGUCAGUUUUUAAACGUGCCGUGAAUAUGCAAGGUCAAUAGUUAAUCGCUCAGAACUGAUCCGGCGGGGAAUCGUGCAUUGUUUUAAGUAAGUAUCGUGUUAUUGUCUUGGGUUGCGGUGGGGGGGGGGGAUCUCCUUAUUAAUCCUAAUCCGGUCACUCGAUCCUACAUAUUUGCACUCUCCCAGCUCCUAACACACCUGCACCAUGUGAUCUGCAUUCUCGAUGAAUUGAAUCAGGAACUGGGACGGAGCAAAAAUGUGACGUGGGGGGGGGAGGGCUGUCUUAAAUUAAUCUGGCUCACUGAGAAAUCCAGCAGGACCCUUCAUGAAGCGUGUUUGUAUGUGUGUGAGUGUGUUUGCUUGUAUGUGUGUAUCUGUAUUAAGGUUAUCUGGGGAAUUGGUAUCUUUUUUUGGUCUGUUGCUUCAUCUAGUCCUCUGUUCUGAGCCAAUCAAGAGAGUUCUCGCUCUGUGUUCAACUGCAAUUCAACUGGAAAUUAUUACUGUUAUUGCCAUGAUGAUGAUCAUGAUUAUUAUUAUUAUUAUUAUUAUUAUUAUUAUUAUUAUUAUUACGAUAUCCCCACAUUAUGAGAACAUGCGUAUUAACCUGUCUUGAGGUGUUUUGCAGUUUCUGUAUUUAUUGUAACUGCUGUUUUUUUUUUUUUUUUUUUUUUUCUUCUCUCUCAUUGAAAACUUGACAUUUUUGUUUCUUUUUAAUUUUAAGGUGUGUGCGAAUGUAGCUUUUGUGAGUGUGUGGGAGAGAGAGAGCGAGAGAGAGAGAGAGAUAGAGAGAGAGAGUGUGAGCGUGUGUGUGCGUGCGUGUGUGAGAGAGAGAGAGUGUCUGUGUGAAUAUUGUAUUACAGUUUGGACACACGUAGCUGACACUUCUCUGAAAGUCUCACCGUGACUCAGAAGCCUGAUUUGUGCCUCUUUAUAGAAAAAAAAAAAAGAUCUACAGUACAUUAAACAGAAAAAUGACAAAAAACC